GACUCACGUAAUCACUCUUGAAAACAAUGUGCAAGGGUAAACUUUUGCAGUCAAGCCAUCCUGCUAAUGCCCUGAACUGCUCAGAGGAUCCAAGAAGCUACAGAUAUGUCUACUGAGCUUCCUGCAACAACAGCGGUUACAGAAAUGGCCACUUUCACAGCUUCUCAGCCAAACAGUUCCACCUGCGACUUAUAUGAGCACAAAGACACAGCACGGAUACUUCUGUCUGUCUUCUACAGCUCCAUCUUAAUUCUUGGGGUGCUUGGAAACGUCAUUGCUCUCACUGUCAUUUUUAAAAACAGAAAGAAGAUCAACUCCACUACCCUCUAUUCAACAAACCUUGUCCUCUCUGAUCUCCUGUUCUGCAUUGCCCUGCCUACAAGGAUAGCAUACUAUGCCCUGGGAUUUCACUGGCCCUUUGGAGAAGCGUUAUGUCGAAUAACCGCUCUCUUGUUCUACAUCAACACCUAUGCAGGUGUAAACUUCAUGACAUGUUUGAGCAUUGACAGGUUUUUUGCUGUUGUUCACCCCUUCCGAUACAAGAUCAGAAGGAUUAAGUAUGCCAAGGGCAUUUGUGUCUUUAUCUGGUUUCUUGUGUUUAGUCAAACUUUCCCGUUACUUAUACAGCCCAUGUCACAGGAAGAAAAAGAAAGGACUACAUGUAUGGAAUAUCCAAACUUUGAAAAAAUAGCACAUCUACCAUUUAUACUUCUUGCUGCCUGUUUAGUAGGGUACCUUAUUCCCCUGGGGAUUAUACUAUUUUGUUAUUCUCAAAUUAGCUGCAAACUUUUUCAAACAGCCAAAGAAAAUCCACUGACUGAAAAAUCAGGGAUAAACAAAAAAGCCAUCAAUACAAUCAUAUUUGUUAUUGUAGUGUUCAUCAUCUGCUUUACCCCGUAUCAUGUUGCAAUCAUACAACACAUGAUUAAGAAGAUCCAGAAUGAGCCCUCAUGCACUGAAAAUAAAAUUUUCCAGAAGUCACUUCACUAUACUGUGUUUCUGAUGAAUUUUAACUGCUGCCUAGAUCCUUUCAUCUAUUUCUUUGCAUGCAAAGGAUACAAGAGAACUGUAAUGAAAAUACUGAGACGACAAGUGAGUGUAUCAAUUUCAAGCGCAGCCAGAUCGCACCAUGAAGAAAGCUCACGCGACGUGGGAGAAACACAAAUGACGGUACUCGCAAAAUCCUCCAAUGGAAAGCUACCUGAAAAAUAAAGUCUGUAGUGCACCACACUGGAGCAAGCUUAAAAAUUCAGGGUCCACAGUAAAAAAAACCUCUUAGUGCUCCCUGUACAGCAGCUAAAGUAAGAUUCUGUUUCUCAGCAUGUAAGGAAAACAAGGAGUGAUGUUGGACUGAAAAAGAAUUGACACAGGACAGCAGGAAAACCCAGCGUUGUAAUUUCCUAGCUGUAUAAUUUCGACUGAUCUCAUUAUUUUUUCCAGGAAAUAU